AAUACUAUCCAAGGACUCCAAGGAUCCAAGCACUGAUCUCUAAUUCUCUAUUGAGAUCAGUGGAUCCAAGUAUCCACAGCAAGUAUCCGCAGCGUCCGCAGUAUCCGUCAUCAAUCCGUUAGGGCUGGCGGGCAUGGCGGUUGUGGUUGUUGUCGGGGUUGUUCGCGUUCGUUGGUCGGUUCCGCACAAGCCGUGACCCCAGGUUUUAUUGGGGCAGCUACUAAAAACAUCGAGGCAAUUUCGAUUUUUUUUCACAUAACUGUCUUAUUGUUCGAUUUAUGAGGAUGGACAGUGCAAAUGCAAAACCAAUCGUGAGGAGGGGCUCCAAAUGUGCGUUCAUCCACUGCAAGAACAAGCGCAAAUGCUCUCUACGGCUGUUCUUUCCGUUUCCAGACCAGGACGCCACCCUGCGGGAGAUGUGGCUCGCAAACAUGCGGAUGGAGGGGUACACGCCCACGCUGUACGACCGCCUCUGCGCGGACCACUUCGACCCCACCUGCUUCACCAAGCGAUCGAGCAUCGAUCCGCUGAUUACUCUGCGUGACGAUGCAGUGCCCACGCUGUUCGAAUUUCCCAAGAAGCCGACUGCAGUCGUCACCGUGACGUCCCACAAGCCCGAAGUCGGCCACCCGUCUCACCCCGCCCCGGCACUGUCCGAAAUGAACCCCAAGAAGAUGCCGAUCAAGACAAUGAUCAUGGAGUCUUCGCUGUCCAAACCGUUCACGAUGACCCUUCCGCCCUCGUCUCGCCUCGUCAUCGUGCCGGUGCGGACGAAAGAUGGCAGGCAGCCGGGAACUUCGCUGACGCAGCCAAGCUUCAUCGUGAAGCACGCUCCAGCAAACACGUCAACUUCCGUGACCGGCGGCGCAAUGGCUGCGGUAGGAACGAGCAGGAGGUGGGGACCGUUGGAAGAGGAUGACGUGGACCUUGAGCCACGGGACAUGGCCAGACUUCCGCCAGAGCAGGAGCGGGUGAUGAAGGGCAUCUACAACCGGAAGAUUCAGCUGGCUCAGGCGAGGAUGAAGCUGCGCAAGCUUAGAUGUGGCCUGAAAGCAGGAAAGAAGAGGCUGAGGCAGCUGCAUGACCUCAUGUUCUCCGAAAGUGUGGUGAUGCGCAACGGCUCUAAGGUCGUACAGAUGACCCUUUCGAACUGGGCCAUGGAGGUUUUCAGCGACGCUCCGAUCGACCGAGACGUAGCGAUGACUGACUGUUUUGAAGUCUCGGCUACACCUGUGAAUAGAAGUGUACUUAAAAGUAAACAAGUUUGACAGGGA